CCCCGCCCUGGGUCCGCCCCCGCGUACCCCUAGUGUCCGAGCGCCGACUGCGUGCCUCCCGGGCCUAGAGCGUCACUCGCAGCCUUUUCCGGAGCCGAGUGCCCACUGCGUGCUGGGGCCUGCUCAGGAGGAUCCUGCUGUGACCCCCUACUCGUACACUCCUGUUUCCUCCGCGCCCGCCAGCCUCUGGCCGCGUCCUUCCCAGAUGGCCUUCCAGCCUCCUCCCCUCCCCACUGAGUCAGUUUUUCUGUUUCUAAACCACUUCUGCCUGUGUGCGUCGCAGAAGCUCGGCCAGAGGCGAGACAUGUCUUCCUGGCUGGCCCGAUGGUUCCCCAAAACGCCAGCCAAGCCCGUGGUGGCCCAGAAAACGCCUAUCAAGGUAGAGCUGGUGGCAGGAAAAACCUACAGGUGGUGCGCGUGUGGCCGAAGCAAGAACCAGCCCUUCUGUGACGGUUCCCACUUCUUCCAGCGCACAGGCCUGGCCCCACUCAAAUUCAAGGCCCAGGAGACCAGCACGGUGGCCCUCUGCACCUGCAAAGCCACCCAGAGGCCCCCAUACUGCGACGGCACCCACAGAAGCAAGCCGGUGCAGAAGGCAGAAGUGGGCACUGCACUCUGAGGCACAGGCCACUGCCUGGCCCCAGGUGGCCUGGGCUUCAGGCCCAGCAGCUGCCCCUUUGUGGGAAGGAAAUCAGGUGCCGAUCCCAAGAAUGGGCCGUCCGGCAGGUCUCAAGUGCCCAUGUCCAGCUUGUGAAGAAAGUCUCCACUGUAACUGGGGCACCUGGUUCAGCCUGUGCUGGGGAAAAUGGCAUGAAACAGCCAAGCCCAAGCACACCUGUCACUCCAGCACUCGGGAGGCUGAGGCAGGUGGACUGCCGCCAGCUGGAGGCAGGCCUGGUCUAUGUACAGCAAGACCUUGUCUCAAAAAACAAAACCGAAAAAUCAAUAAAUCAGCCAUGAAGCCCA